GAUGCAAAUAUGUUUUCCGCACACCAAAAUGACCAGAGUCGUCAUGAGCAACUCCGAGGACAACAGUGCGAAAUAUAGAUGGAACCACCAGCUGAAACACAACCUCACGCGCCCGGUCGCCCCCAAAUGUCCACUUCCGAAACAAUAAACCAUCAUGCACAAAGUACCCACUCGCCACGCUUGCUAUUGCCGCCCCUGGGACAGCCAGACCAAAGGCCACUGUCAAAGACGGAUCAGCACGCUGUUCCCGGACCAACUCCUCGUGAGACACCUCAAGAGGAAAAUCUGCCACAGACAAAGCAACGUCCUCCCUCACAGCGACCGCAUCCAGCGAAGCCGCGCACAUAGCACGCAUAUCGGCACACGCUGGAAACACCCUAGGAGGCGGAGACAACCCACCCCCCUGAACAGACGGACACAGCGCAACCACAGGGGAGGCUGUCACACGAACACCACUGUCACCAACAAGCGAACCGGCAGCGCGCAGCAAGAAGGGAUCAGCAGACCAAACACGGCCGCCCGCCAGGCCAUUCCCCAAAAUAAAAUGAAUUCCAUCCACGGGCAACGCGGCCCGCACGCCCACAGACACUUCCCCACGCACCAGCUCACAGUCCAAAACCACUCUAUGCAACGGAGUAGGCAACGUCGUCAAGCCCAUGCCACGACCCACAACAUAAUCACCAGUAGCCGAACGGGAAGAGAACGGGAGGACCGAACCCACGACAUACGAAUCAUACGCACCCGUGUCUCUCAGAAUCCGAAUAGGAGUCUUCGAAGGAAAUGAAGUGCACACUCCAGCAGCGGCAACAGGAGAACCACCCGGAUCUGCAAACGCGGUCGGAUUAACAUUCUGUGCCGAGGUUUUCCCCCUAGAUGACAACACAGGACAAUCCCCCUUCCAGUGGCCCCUCUCACGGCAGUAGUGGCACACGUCCGCCCCGGCACGCGCGUCAGACGACACAUCCCCACGACGCACGGACGCAGCUCGGCACUCACCACGCCCACUACCCGGAGAAGGCCCAUCACUAUACAGAAACUGGGACUUAUGAGUCAAAACAUAGUCAUCCGCCAGCGCCGCAGCCACAGCCACCGUCUCGGCCUUUUGCUCACAGAUGUACGUGGCAACCACACACGGCACCGAAUCCUUCAGCUGUUCCAAGAGAAUCAACUCACACAGCCGCUCAAAAUCAGCCACUUUCGCAGCUGAGCACCAGCGCGUGAAAUGCAACUUCAAAUCCCGAGCAAACUCGAGAUAACUCUGCCCAGCGGCCUUUCCGCAAGACCGAAACCGCUGUCGGUAUGCCUCAGGCACCAGCUCAUAAGCCUGCAAAACAGCCGCCUUCACCUUAACAUAAUCCUGGCUAUCCGACACGGACAGCACAGAAAACGCCUCCUGAGCGCGGCCCACCAGAACGCACUGCAACAACA